AUGAUAGGCGCUAAUAAACGACUCGAUGCACUUGUUCAUGAUUCAAUUUUUGCAAGUCGUUUAACAAUGAUCAGAUUUUCCUCCAAUGAUUCCAUCUAUCCGUUGCCUGAUCCAAUGCUUGAUCGAUUUUGUUCAGAAAUUUUACCAAAAAUUCAUCGAAAAAUUAAAUGGCUCGACGUUGAAUCAUCAUCUAUGGAACGUAUUCUUCUUGUUGCUAAUUAUUCAAAUUUAUAUGGUCUUGCUUUAUAUAAUAUUGACGAAGAAAGAGCUAAGGAUCUCUUUAUCGGUAAGAUAUUUUACUUCGAUUGUUUUAAUUGUGAAACAAAUGAGAAGUAUACAAAAAAAUUGCUAAUUCAUCCCCAUUAGUACUAAUAUAUUAAAUGACAAUCUCAAACAGAGGAUUGCUUCUUUCGAACAAUGAUCGAUCAUUAAAGUCCUCUAUGUUGCUCUUCGUUCAUUUUUUCUUAAGUCACUCUUUGUUUUUAUUCUUCUAACUGUUCAUUUAACUGACAAAAUACUUGUCAACAUAAGUUCUUUGAGGCUGAAAUGCCGAACAUAUAUGUUCUUUAGCUUCAUUAAACUAAUAUAAAAUACGUCGAGUGAAAAAUUUCUGCAUUUCGAACAGAAUUUUUUUUUCUGGCUCUCGAUUUUUUAUUUCAUUUUGUUACUAUUCUCUUGUUAUUUAUCAUUUUUGUAUUGUUUUUCUUAAUUUAACAUUAUUAUUUGUUUAAUCAUUGAUUAAAAUGACAAAGACUAGUGUAAAUGUCUAUUAUACUUAUAGAAAGUAUAAAUAUCCUAUUAUAAAUCGCGAUAAACUGACAUAUCAAAUCACUUUAUGUGUAAAUUAUAUGACAACUGUAAGGAAUCGAUGCAUCACUGCUUAUUAUCGUUGAUAUCUUUGGACCAAUUUUUAUCUGAGCAAAAAUCGAAAACAACAUUAUUGAAAAUAUUCAAAAAACACGAAUUUUAGUCAUUCAAGUUUCAACGAAGGCUUUUAUGAAAUAUUGUAGAUUUUUAUAAGAGUCAUCAUCACUUUAUUGCUUCCAUUCAAUUCUUUUGUCCUCGAAUGAUGAUGCCUGUAAUGGCAAUGAGAGGGUGGGUAAAGAGAACAAAAAACUUACACUAGCUAUUUUCUUCGAACAUAUAUAUACUAGCGAGAUCCCGUACAUACUGCACGCCUGCUUUUUCCUGUAAAUUUUUACAUCUGUGCUUUAGCCUUGAUUCGGUAACAGGCAAUCACACACUUCGCAUUGUAUAUAUAGAUAGACUUUAUAGCCUUGUAUCCUUUUUAGUCUUACCCUCAUGUAGCUUUAUACUCUUGUAGUUAUACCUCCUCAUCCUUAUACCUUUAUCCCUGAUACCUCUGUAGCCUUAUCCCCUAUACCCUUAUCUCCUUAUACUCCUGUAGUCUUAUCCCCUUAUAACGUUAUAUCCAUGGGGCCUUAUCUCCUUAUCCUGUUAAACCUUUAUAGUCUUACACCCAAACCUUUUAGCCUUAACCCGUUAUAUUCCUAUCCCUUAUACCUUAUCUUCUUAUCCCCUUAUCUCCUAUACCUUAUAGCCUUAUCCCUUAUACCCUUAUAGGCCUAAACCUUUAUCCCCUUAUACUCUUAUAGCC